AUUUUUGGAUAAAUAAAAGUUUCGAUUUAAAGUCACUAUUUAUCAAUGACAAGUUUACGAGGAUAUCUAACUGGUUUUGUGGUUGCUUUUACUUUGGUCAACCUGGCCUCAACCACUCACCAUCACGGUGGACACAGCAAUAUAUUUCGUAAACAAGAUGAUUGGGGAAAGUACGAGUUCGCCUACGACAUUCACGAUCCUUGGGGCAAUAAAAAUUUCCGUAAAGAGCACGGACACUUUACAAAGAAAGGUGGUCAUGUAGAGGGUUCUUAUGGUUUACACGAUUCCAAAGGACGCCUUCGUAUAGUUAAAUACACUGCUGGCAAAGGUGGCUUUGUUGCAUCAAUUAAAACAAACGAACCUGGAACCUCAGAUGAAGAUGCAGCAGCUGCCUUUUACAAUGGCAAAGAUCAUGAUCAUGGUAAAUGGAAGUACGAUGUUAAAACUCACCAUGAAAAGGGCAAAGACGAUUGGGGCAAAGACCAUUGGGGUAAACAUGACGAUCACAAGGAUGACCAUAAAAGCCAUCAUUCAAAGGGUCAUUUCGACCAUUACGCUGCAGCUGCCAGUGAAAUACAUUCAUCUAAACAAUAUGAAUUGCCAAUCUCAAGUGAUUCAGGUGAAUACAGGCGAAUCGCUAGUCACUUACCAAGAGCUAAUUUUGCUUUCCUUUAACCCAAUUGAAACAAUUUGAACAAUAAAAUUCACUUUUUUUAAACAUCAAAAUUGUUCUCUGAUUUUUCAUCUGAAAAUGUAAAAUGUUUAUGAUUGACUGGAUUGCCUUUAAUUGAUUUUGCUGAUUUUUCAUGAGAAAUGCUAAAUGAUUGCUAAAAUUGUUUAUAAGAAAAACAAGCUUUUAUCAUCAGCAUCUUGUUAUCGCUGCCAUAAAAGAUGAUCAUGAUGAGAAGAUAAUUAAGAGAUGAACAGAAUACAAGUUUUCUAGUCUUUUGAUUAUUAUUUUAUGUUAUUCACAAGUAACCUUGAAAGUUGCAUCUUUAUCAUGAUAUCAAUUCAGUGUAUGGAUGAAAAGAUUCACAAGAUUGAGCUAAAAAUCAACCUUUGCCUGUUCAUGUUUAGUCAUGUCUUCGUCUUCAACAUUAUACAAGUAAAAUCAAUUUACCGUGAAAUGUCAAAUAAGAAGCAAACCUUUUACAAUCUCAACAAAUUUAUCGUCUUUUCCAUCACCAUUAUCAUCUUUAUCAUCAUCAUCUUCCAAACAUCUUUUACCUUUACUUAAGCAUGUGAGAUGAAAAGAUGUCAGAUAAAUUACCAUUGUUUCAUUUGGCCAUUUGUUAACAGGUAACAACAGAAGCUGUAAUAUACAAGAGAUGAAAACCUGAAUUUUGAGGAAAGCUGAAAAUCAAGUGAUUCUUAAUGAAAAUCAUUUCCAUCUAGAGUCAAAAAUAAUUAUUGCGCUGUAAUUUAAUGCACAUUCAAGAGUUGAAUCAACUUGGCCCUUCACGAGGGAUUGAGUUGUAACGCUGUCGUGCUGUUAAGUGAACUCACCAGGUCUGCGAAUGAUACAGCUCAACAGGGUCAACAGUCUCAACAAAAGCAAAAUGAAUAACAAAAAUGAAAACCUUUUCAAAUUGUCUCUUCAUUUGUCACAAUAAUGCAAAACAGUCUCAUCAAUGCCCAAUGCAAAGAAACCCUUCAAGAUAUUAAACUUUUUGUUCAUCUUCAAGUUAAUCUGCCAUUAAACCUGAAACUUAAGGUAAAUGAGAAUCAGCAAUAGCGCAGAAUUAAGGAAAUGAUAUUUUCUGCAAUUCCAAAUGCAGCUUUUGCGCAUAAUUCAGUAAUCAAUGAAUAAACUCAGUCAUUUUCAAUGGAAAAAUAAGCAAGCAAACUUGAAAUUCAAAUUUACGAUGAAAUUCUUUGAUAAUUGAUCUAAUUUCACAUUCUUUAGUCUUCAAGUAACGCUGGGUAAAGCCUGAUAACUUGUAUGCAAAUAAGUACACAAGACUGAUACUUAAGAUAAAAGCAACAGUGAAGGGCCUUUGCAUCAGCUAUGCUAUUUGAGCUGUGAGAAGGCGCAAUUAGUCACUUUAUGAAUCCAGUUAAAUAAGCAACAUUGACAAGUUUACUUGACUUGAAGCGAGUUACCGUUUCAGAUUAAAUGAACCAUCAAUGAAUCAGUAUUGUCCAACAAUUUGUUGUCAUAAUAAUGCAAAGAUGAACAUUAAACAGUUAAAGUCAGUAAAAGCAAACUGAACAGCAACACAAGUCAAGUGAUGAAGCUAAACAAACAAAAAGGGAAAAAAACAGUGAAACAAAAAACCUAGUAACAUUGACCUGGUAAAAUGAAAAAACAAACAAACAGGUAAAUACAAGCCACGUGAUGAUAAUACUUCAUUUUCAUCAUAAUGAAGAUAAAUGAUGAAAAAAAGAGGGAAAAGUGAUGGAAGGUGGAAAAGACGAACAGAAGGAAGAAAAGCAAAAGGUUGACAUGAAAACCAAAUUGGCAAUAGUAAUGAUAAUAUUGCUAAUAAUAAGUUAUUCAAUUGACAGGUAAAAAUUGGGUUCGAUAUUGAGUUUCACGACGAUAACCUUAACAACAGGGAAUUAAUAAUAUCUGUAAAAGGAAAUGGAUGAGUCGGGUAAAGAUGAAUGCUAUUGAUGACCCUAUGCUGGGUAAACUUUUUUUGUUGUUGAAUGACAUAUAUUUUGUAUAAAAGGUAGAAACUCAGGUAAACAUAUAUUUCAGAUGUUAUCACAAGUUUUCCUUUUCUCUCCUUCUUUUUCAUCUUCAUCUUCUCGUCAUCAUCUUCUUCUUCUUUAGCAUCUUCUUCAACUGUAUUUACUUUGAUCGUAAAAACUGGAUUCUUCUUUCCUUUUGCCUCAAGCUCUUGUUUCUUAUACACUUAAGUGUCUUAAGACACCAACCAUUGACCAACCUAGGUAAGGGUGUAGUACAAGUCUAUGUAAUCUUAUUAAUCGGCUGUACCAAACGCUUUCCCACGGUUACCUGAACCUUACCUUUCCAGUCUCUAGAUUAGGUGGGUUUGUUAUUUUAUAGUUUAACCUUGUGUCAAGGUAUAACCUUUGUCCAACCAUUCAACCUUUAGCUAUAUCAGCUGUAAUGAUUAUCAUCAAAGAUUGAACAUUGAAAACAAAAAGAUUAGACUUUUCAAUGUAAAUCUCAUUGCAAGGCUAAUUGUUGAUUCAAUAUUUGAUGGGUUGGCUGAUUGAUUGACAAUUUUACCUUUUUUUUAUGAACAUUAAUUGACAUGAUUAGAGGAUAAUUUAAAGCAAUCAGUUUUUUUUUCAUCAAAUGAUUGACAUCAAUUGUUCAAUUGGUUUAAUGUUUGAUUUUAUUGGGCCACUUUGCACACUUUGCUAAUUUUGGCUAAUAUUUGUCAAUUAAAUGCGGAAAUUUGUUUAAUUUUGAAAAAUGCCAAUUUUAAUUAAACAAUUUGGUUAAAUUGCUUGCGAUUUUAAAAGUGAAUUGGCAAUUAUAUUGGUUAACAUUAAAUGGCCCAAAAUUAUCUUUACUUUAAAUUGUAGUUCGUAA